AUGGCGUCCUCUAGGCCGUAUGACGGAAAAUUCGGUAUUGUCACUGGUGGCUCUCGAGGAAUCGGCGCAGCAGUCGCCAGGCGUCUCGCGGCCAAGGGCUGCAACCUGCUACUUGUCUACACCUCGGACUCGUCUAAGCCCCUCACUGAGCAAAUCUCUGCCGAACUUUCGACAGCUGAUAAUAUACACGUGUCGCACGUCCAAGCCGACCUGAAUAGUCCUGCCACCGCGACGCCAAGGAUUAUUGAGGCUGCCAAAGCUUUUUACAAGUCGUACCGGUCGAACAGUACCAAGGAGUUGCAAGUAGAUAUUCUAAUCAAUAAUGCCGGGGUCGGGUCGAAUCAGCUCUUGAACGACCCCGACAAGGGCCCGAUUGACGAGAAGGAGUACACACGUGUGUACAAUGUGAAUGUGCUCGCCCCGCUGCUGCUGACCCAAGCCGUGGCGCCGUACCUACCGACAGACCGGUCUGGAAGGAUUGUGAACGUGUCGAGUGUUUCAUCCUCGAUCGGGUAUCAGGGCCAGUCAGUUUAUGCGGGUACGAAAGCGGCCAUUGAGGCCAUGACGCGGUGCUGGAGCCGGGAGCUGUAUGCAAAAGCGACGGUCAAUGCAGUUAACCCGGGCCCUGCAUGGGGUGAUAUGUACGCGCAGGCCGGCGAGAAGUUCUGGAAAGUCAAUCAGCCGUACGUCGAUGCCGCUCCACUCGCCGCUUAUAAUGGCGAGGAGGAUGUACUUAAAGCAGCCGGGGAUGACGCGGCGAGGUUUGAUAAGACUGUUCGAGAAGGAAUGGGAAGUCGCAGGCCUGGUUUCACGAGUGAGAUAGCGGGGACGAUUGACAUGCUGUGUACAGAGGAGAGCGGCUGGACUACCGGUAGUGUGGUCUGCGCGAAUGGAGGAAUGAAGAUGUCCAUUGCUUAA